AUGAUGAUGAUCAUCAUCAUCAAAACCAUCAACACCAUCAUAGAAACUCUUAAAACUUGGAGAUCAGGACAUUAAACCAGAAGAGUAUUCAUUUAAGGUAAAAUUGUUUCAGAGUUUGUUCUGAUCCUUAAAAUGAGGCUAUAAGUGAAAUCAGUCCAAGUAGAGGGAGAACAUGGAUGCGUAUCUUUUAAAAACCCAGUUAAAACUGAUCUUAUACUUGAUUUAUAUGAAAACAGUUAUCUAAAUGUAUUGAAAACUUUACAAAAUGAGUUUAUGUUUUGUUCAUUAUAAAAUAACUGGUUAAAUUUUAAUAACCCAAAAUAUCCUCUACCACAAAAUAAUUAAAGUAGAAAUCAAAAUUUAAGUAGAAACUCUUGA